AUGAAUCCGAACAAAGUCAGUCCUGUGGAUAUGAUGAUGACGCUGAUGGAAAAAUAUAGUAAACAUCUGGAACUGUUAGUUGCUGAACGUACCCAAGAUCUAAUGCAUGAAAAGCAAAAAACAGACAGAUUACUGUACAGUAUGCUGCCAAAACAGGUUGCAGAUGAUCUGAGACAAGGAAAACCAUCACAAGCUCAAAGUUAUACCAGCGCGACUGUAUUUUUUAGUGACAUUGUGGGGUUCACAAAUUUGUCUAGCACCAGUACACCAUACCAGGUGGUAGAUUUCCUCAACAAACUCUACACAACCUUUGAUGAUAUAAUUGACAACUAUGACGUCUAUAAAGUGGAGACGAUAGGUGAUGCCUACAUGGUUGUUUCUGGAGUGCCUAAAGAGAAUGGUAUUUACCAUGCCAGUGAAAUUGCAAGCAUGGCUCUAGACCUAGUUGCUGUGUGCAAGACAUUUCGAAUUCCUCAUAAGCCAAACACUCAGCUCAGGAUCCGUGCUGGAAUUCAUUCUGGACCUGUAGUUGCUGGAGUUGUUGGGACAAAAAUGCCAAGGUACUGCUUGUUUGGAGACACAGUGAACACAGCUUCGAGGAUGGAAUCAACAAGUGAAGCACUCAAAAUUCAGUGCAGCUCCAGUGCAUAUGAACUACUGAAACAAAUCGGAGGCUAUAUUCUGGUGUGCCGUGGGACAUUAUCUAUAAAGGGCAAAGGAGACAUGACAACUUACUGGCUUGAGGAUAAGACUAGAACAUCGACAAAGAAUAUCAGUCCAGACACCUCUGGGGUUUUUAAGGAAGUUGAAAGAGAGGCUUAUGAUCUGAUACCAGGAGUACUAUCCACUGAAGCACUGUCAACUUCAUUCUGA